GUUUCCGGUGCGGAGCGAGGGGCGUCUCUGGAAAUACAGCCAAUUUUCGUUCACAUGGCAGCAGCAAACUCUUCUCCACCUCAUUCUUUGGAUCUAAACCAGCCUGGGUUUGCAAAGGAGAUCCUGGGAACUAAACUGGAGGGCAAAUACCUCUGCUCUGACUGCAAGAACAUCCUGAGGCGGCCGUUCCAGGCGCAGUGUGGCCACCGCUACUGCUCCUACUGCCUGAAGAAAAUCAUCAGUGCUGGACCUCAGAAGUGUGCCAGCUGUAUCCAGGAAGGAAUAUACGAAGAAGGAGUUUCUAUUUUGGAAACAAACUCGGCGUUCCCCGACAACGCGGCGCGGCGGGAGGUGGAGAGUCUGCCCGCCGUGUGCAUCAACAGCGGCUGCAGCUGGAGGGGCACCAUCAAAGAGUACGAGGCUCACGAUGAAGUCUGCCCUGAAUUCCCUUUGACUUGCGAAGGCUGUGGGAAGAAGAUUCCCAGGGAGAAGUUUCGAGACCACGUGAAGACCUGUGGCAGAUCCAAAGUGCCAUGCCGAUUCGAGGCUGUGGGCUGUGAUGAGGUGGUGGAAAAUGAAAAGCUCCUGGAACAUGAAAGCAAGUGUUUGGCGGAGCAUCUCUACAUGCUGCUGAGCUCUGUGCUCAGCCUCAGGGCUGCUGCUGGGGACCUGAAACCCCUUCCUACCCUUUCCUCAUCGCAAAACAACUCCCCACUGCUGGCAGCAAAGUCCCUGUGCUCAGAGUCAGAGCUCUCCCGAUCCCUGGAGCUCUUAGGAAGGUGUGAGGCCCUUGAGAGGAAAACAGUGACCUUUGAGAACAUUGUCUGUGUGCUGAACCGGGAGGUGGAGAGAGUGUCCCUGACAGCCGAAGCCUACAGCCGCCAGCACCGGCUGGACCAGGAGAAAAUCGAAACGCUGAGCAACAAGGUCCGGCAGCUGGAGAGGAGCAUUGGCCUCAAAGACCUGGCCAUGGCUGAGAUGGAGGAGAAGAUCCGCAACAUGGAAGCUUCCACCUAUGAUGGGGUCUUCAUCUGGAAGAUAACGGAGUUUGCCAGGAAGCGUCAGGAGGCGAUAACAGGCCGCUCUCCUGCCAUCUUCUCUCCAGCUUUCUACACCAGCAAGUACGGCUACAAGAUGUGUCUGCGUGUGUACCUGAACGGGGACGGCACCGGGCGUGGGACCCACCUGUCCUUGUUUUUCGUGGUGAUGAAGGGACCCAACGACGCGCUGCUGCGGUGGCCCUUCAACCAGAAGGUCACCCUGAUGCUCCUGGACCAGAACAACCGGGAGCACAUCAUCGACGCCUUCCGGCCCGACGUGACGUCCUCGUCCUUCCAGCGCCCCGUGACAGAGAUGAACAUCGCCAGCGGCUGCCCCCUCUUCUGCCCCGUCUCCGUCAUGGAAGCCAAGAAUUCCUACGUGCGUGAUGACGCCAUCUUUAUUAAAGCCAUCGUUGAUCUCACAGGCCUCUAACCCUCCUCACCUUGGAGCAGUGAGCGUGGAGCCAGCCCUGCCCGGGGCAUCCCCCGCUUGUGCUGCACUUCAGGCGGGUCUCAGAGCGAGGAGGGGGCAUGGAGGGGAAGGGAAAAGCCCUUCCCGAAAAGGGACCUUCGCUCUGAAUGGAAACGAGGUGUCUGAUCGGAACCCUCUUUCCUGAGGACAGGUUUGUGUGGACAUCAGCAGGCUCUGGGAUAUGGAAGUUUUCCUGCAGGGACUUGGGUGUCUGAACUGCUGCUCUCUGGACUCCCUGUGGAAACCAAUGCAGCUCUUGCUCUACCAGUGUAGUGCACAUCCACAAUGCUCUGCAGUAAAACAACAAGCCCUG